AUGGAUCAACAAGGACGAAGUUCUCAGCCACUUUUUGAAGCCGAGAAUACACCUGAAGAAGACCAUGGUGACUGUGUGGUGGUGUGCUACAAGUGUAAUCCACUACAGCUUCAUGAAACCUGGCGAGAUCAUCACCGCAGAGAAGUGGUGCAAAGAACUGGACAAAAUGCACAGAAAACUCCAACUUUUUUGCGCGGCGUUAGUGAACAGAAGGGACCGAUUCUCCUACACGACAAUGCCCGGCCACACAUUUCAAAGGUGACGCUACUCAAGUUGGACGAGUUAGGCUACGAGACUCUGCCUCACUCGCCAUAUUCGCCAGAUUUUUCGCCAACCGACUACCGACCAUCUAUCGAAAACGACUUCCGGAAGUUCGUAGACUCCAAAAGCUCGGACUUUUAA